GUGCCCCGCGGCGCGGGCAAUUUAAGACGAUGGCGGCCUGCAGGUCGAGGGCGUGCUCCGGGGGGUGUUUGCCUCCCAGCCGCGGGUGUGACCGCCGGGCCAAGUGGAGCGACUCCUUGCUGUCGGGCAAGGGGCUCUCGGAUGACUCGAGCCACCGCGGGCUGCUGCAAGAGUGGGCGAGCCUGUCGCGCUCCGUGGGCGGGGACGCGACGAUGGCGGGUGCCGAGGGGACGCGGCGGGGGAAGCCGGAGGCCGAGUCCCGGGAGCCGGCGGAGCCGGAGGAGCCGGAGGAGAUGCCGCUGGUGUUUCUGUGCGGCGGCUGCCGGCGGCCGCUGGGAGACUCGCUGAGCUGGGUGGCGAGCCAGGAGGACAGCAACUGCAUCCUGCUGCGCAGUGUCUCCUCCAACGUUUCCGUGGAUAAAGAGCAGGUGCUAUCGAAACGAAAAAAUGAGAAUGGUUGCGUCCUGGAGACUCUGAGCUGUGCUGGCUGUUCCCUCAGGCUGGGCUUCAUAUACAGAUACACACCCAGGAGUCUGGAUUACAAGAGGGACUUGUUUUGCCUCAGUGUGGAAGCCGUUGAGAGUUACACUUUAGGGUCCUCUGAAAAGCAGAUCGUGUCCGACGAUAAAGAACUUUUUACUCUUGAAAGCAGAGUUGAAAUAGAGAAGUCCCUGAAACAGAUGGAAGAUGUUUUGAAAGUGCUAGAGACGAAGCUGUGGGAGGUUGAAUCCAAGCUGGCCUUCGCUGGCCGCAAAGCCUGAACUGUGCUUCCAGACGCCAGCAAGGAAGGCCUGACCUCCUCCAUAUGUAGGGGUCAUUCCCGUGUCGCCUCCCUUGGAGUUAAAGGCACUCUGCGUGGGCCCGGACAUUGUAUUCUCUUACACUGACCCAGCGAGAAGAGCUGUGUCGGGAACAUGAUAUUUAAAGCUAUAUGUGUUGGUAAGAUCAUUCAAACUCCCAGUUUGAAAGUAUUCUGUCAUAUCUGUUGGAUUUGGGAUUUAGGAGGUUUUUGUAUUUUUUUUUUUUUUCUUGAUGAAAGAUGGGAGAUUUUUCGGGACUGUUUUUGCCUUGACAUCAAAGUCACAUCACCUUCAGCCUCACCCUGUUAAACUUUGUUUUACCUUUGAAACUGGCAGUGAUAUUUAAUGUUAAAUGAUAAGAAAAUCUUAGCGGUUUAUGUACCUAUGAUGUGGUUGAAACUUCUCACAAAAUGAAUACAGAAAGCUUUGUUUGGAGAAA